AUACCCGAUACCGAGGAGCAGGUGAAUUAACCGUCAAAGGAAAGAAAGGGUCCGAUUGAAACUUACUCAAAAUCCUAUCACAUAUCGGACUCAAAGUGACGCUAAUUUUUCUAAUCAAAAAGAUGGACUCCUUACCUGAAGAUAUGACGAUGCGCACCCUAAUUAAGGGUAUGAUUACUGAAGAGGUUCCACAGAGUAUUGUACGCCCAAGAACACGCAGUAGGUUACAGAAAAAGGCAAGUACUCCCAAAAAGCUCAUUGACAUCUCUGUGCAGCAGUCUCCAAGUAUGGUUCUUCGCAGCCAAAUGAAAGCAAAACUGACAUGUCCUCUGAGAAAUGAUGCUGCUGGGACUGCUGGAUCAUCUAAAAGGCAUUCAACCAAGAAGAAUUCUCCAGCAUUGAGCAAAGCAAAGACUGUAGAAGCAAUCCCUUGGGAGGCUUUAGAUGAUUACACACCAAGAGGUCUUCUGAAGAAAUUCAUGCGGACUGAGCUGGAAUCCUCCUUAGUUAAGGUUGUGAAUCCUAAAAUGAAGAAAUCUAUGCAAAAGAAAUCUCAAGUGAAGAAAAAAGUACCAUCUAGCAGCUUUGAUUUAAGUUUGCCAACAGAAGAUACCACAGAGGAGAAUUUGCCCAUAGACCUUAAAGCUCGAAAACAGAAGACGUUAAGUGUUUCAGAGUUCGAAAGGGUAACACGACAGAGACUCCAACAUACAGCAGAAACUCAAGAAAGUGAACAAGUGGAGCUUUGUGAAAAGAGCACAAGAUUUCCAGAUGUCUCCACAAUAAUUGGUUUAAUUAAUCCUGACUUUGAAGAGUCCACAACAAAACCAAUUCUUUCUAGAAGACCACUAAAACGCAAAGUUAUAAAUGAGCAUGACUUUGAAGAGGGAGUGCACAAUUAUCUGGAACAAGAAAAAGAACCUGAAGAAAUUGAAAGAUCUGGACCAUUUGAAAAGACUUCAGGACUGACGGACAUUUCACGAAUAGUUGGAUCAAUCAAUUUUGACACUGAUGAGUCGGUGUCAAAGCCCGUUCUCAGCAGAAGACCGAGAAGAGACAAACUCAUCAGUGAGGAUGAUUUUGAAGAAGGAGUACUUUUCUACCUACAACAAGCAAAAAAAAAACCGAUCCCCGAAGUACAGGACGCAUCAAGUGACAGCACCGGGAAAGAGAAAUCAAGUGCUCAAACACAGCAGGAUGAACUUGCUGCUACUGAACUGUAUACUUCACCCUGGCCAACAAAAUGCAAUGGGAUGAAUGCUGCUUCAGCUGGGACUGAAGAAAUGAAAAAUGAAUUUGGUUUGAGCUCAGGGCUUGACCUAGAGAAAGAAACUGAAUUAUCAGUACCACGUGAAGAAGAAUCUGUAAAGAUGCCCUAUGCAGGAAGAGCCAGCUCCCUCCAUCUCAUUAAGGAAAAGAUUUUGACAGAUACAGACCACCAAAUAGAUUGUACUGUGGAGAAAAUCACUGAGGAUCUUCAAGUGGGUAUCCAGACACAAGGGGGUGCCAAGGAGCACCAAUCUGAGCAUGGAGGAUCAGAGUCAGCAGUUGGCAAGCAGUAUCCUGAAAGAACCAAACUGGAAGAAGAAACAGCACACGAUGGUGAAUAUCAGGCUGACUGCAAAGAAUUGGAGAUGGCCAGGGAUGCUGAACAGAACUUAGCAACACUAGGUGGACAGGAGUCGGCUGCAUUAUGGCACUCUGAAGGAGUGAAUGCUGAUGAAUUGGUGUUAGUUGAUGAAAUAGGUGAUAAAAAAGCAGAAAAUGACGAAGUAAAUGAUGAAAGAAUGGAAGUUGAAAGCAUGGAAGGUGAUAAAGUGAAUGAUGAAAGAACAGAAGGUGAUGAAGUGGAGGACGAUGAGAGGUAUGGAAGGUGA